AUGAAUGGUAGAAACCGCGCCAAUGGAUCUCGGUCGCUGGAUCUGAGCCCGAAUAAAACGGACCUUCCAUUAUCUAUAUUGCAACAUUUGCCUACGCCUGUGCUAGUCCUGGAUCAGUAUCGGAAAGCGCUGUGGACAAACUGGAAAGCAGAAGCUUUAUUGGGCAGUACAGAUUCUCUUGAGAAUGAUGAGAGCGCAUUGAUCGGAAAGGACUUGGAUGAAUUGGGAGUCACAUUACUAGAUAAUCGAUCAUGGUCACCGGUUCUAAGUGAGGUAGAGUAUCUUCGACGUGGCGGUACCUCAUCAAAUGAUGAAGAUUCGAGCUUUUUUGAUGGGUUCCAGGUGGUGGUGAGCAAUUCAUCUAGGCCAGAUGAUCAGAAGGAAAGAAGAUUUCGGGCUUGUAUUGAUGCUUUGAAUGAGGAUCGGGGCCUUCAUUUCAUUAUCACCUUUGAAUCACCGACAUCUUUGCAAGGGAAUUCGAUCUACUCCGGGCUCGGCUCAACAUCAUCGCCAAUUAAAGUAAAAGAGCCUCAACAUAAACCAGCCUUCAUAAGGGAUGAUGUUUUUUGUUCUCUUCGAAAUGCAAUCUUUGACAAUGUUGAUACUCCCGCAUUCAUGAUAACUGCAGAUGGUGAAUAUUACCUAUCGAACCGCAAAGUUCGAGAUGUCUUAGGACAGUCUAUGGGGGGAGAGAAUGGCUGCGGAGGGGAUAUUUUUCGAGACGCUCUACAGGUAUGGGAUGAGGGAUACACUCGUCAGUUACCACCCGAUGAAUAUUUCGGAACAGUCUUGGCAAGAACUCGACAACCGUUCGCGGAUCAAAGAUCUGGAUUUAUAAACCCUAUAAAUGGAGAUCGAUUGACAGCUUUAAUUUCUGGAGAAUGCCUUUAUGACGAAGCUGGGAUCUACUUGGGAGCGAUUUGCUGGUGCGAAGAUAUACAGGAAUACGAACAAUACCUUAUUGAGAAACAACACAAGCUACUACGAAGCCAUGAAACUAUCUGCGAUUUGAUGCCACAUCUAGUGUGGACUACAAGACCGGAUGGAUAUUGCGAUUGGUACUCUAGGCGGUGGUACGAAUACACUGGCAUGUCUAAGGAGGAAAGCGUUGGCGCCGGGUAUGAGAAAGUGAUUCAUCCAGACGAUUUGAGUACCCUUAGAGAAGCUUGGGCUUAUGGACUGGCAAAUCGCCAAGAUGGCGAGGUUGAGGUACGAUAUCGAAGGCAUGAUGGGGUAUACAGAUGGAUGCACACGAGAGCUUGCCCAUUACUCGACGAGAAAGGAGAAGUUCUGAAGUGGUAUGGAACAAAUACAGAUAUCACGGAUAUUGUGAUGUCACGAAUUGAGGCCAAGAGAAACAAGCAUCAAAUGUUGACAGUUCUGGCUCAUGCCGAAGUCAAUAUGUUCUGUGUGGAUAAAAAUCGACUGGUAACAAUGGCGGAAGGAGCCAUGCUGUGGGGUGCCAAAACUGAACAAACGUGUCAAAGUAAGGAAAAUUUGAUUGGGAAGAAUAUCAUUGAGCAUAUGCAAAGUACGCAGCCAGGGGGGAUACCGGGCCAUGAAAAUUCUGUCCUUGAAAUAUUGUCUGGAAAGGUCGAAAUGGCAACAUGCGAAGAAAAGAUAGGAGACAAAAGUUACCGAACACGAUUGGUGGCAGAUCUCGAGCACAGCAGUGAUGAUGGAGGACAAGCACCAAAGGUCAUCGGAUGCUUGGGCUUGAGCAUUGACAUUACGGACGUGGAAAAGCGGGCGCAAUUAGAGAUGGAUAAUACGAGGUUGAUGAUUGAAGAACAAGCAGCUAAAGAUUCAUCUCAGAUGAAAAGUCAAUUCCUAGCGAAUAUGUCACAUGAGAUGCGGACUCCGACGGCGGGCGUGAUUGGUAUGGUGGACUUACUUGACGAAGACCCAACCUUGACGUCUUCGCAACGCGAAUAUGUUUCUAGCAUCCAACUUUCAGCAAGAGCACUCCUAACCAUUGUGAAUGACAUCCUCGACUUUUCGAAAAUCGAAUCAGGUCGUCUCGAUAUCGAAGAAGUUCCAUUCAAUCUUUGUUCCACCGUGGGAGAGCUAUGUAAAUUGUUAUGCGUUUUCGCUAACCAGAAGAAUUUGGUAUUCAAUUACGAAAAUGAGGUUGACGAAAGCCUCGAAGUCCUGGGAGACCCCGGGCGGAUCAGACAAGUCCUAUCUAACCUUCUAACAAAUUCGCUUAAAUUCACGGAAAAUGGAUCUAUAACAAUAAGCGCGAAAGGAAAGAGAAUAACGGAUUCAGGCAACAUUGGAAAUGAUACAAUUGAGGUCAGCUUCAUGAUCAAGGAUACGGGAAUUGGAAUAUCUAAAACGACCUUGGAUAAGUUAUUCAGACCCUUCAGCCAGGGGGAUUCUUCAACAGCGAGAUUAUAUGGUGGAACAGGUCUGGGUCUGACCAUAUCUAGGAAUCUUGCAACUUUGAUGUCUGGAACGAUUUCUCUUGAUUCAGAAGAAGGAGUUGGGAGCACGGCCACAUUCACAAUACCAUUGAAGGUAUCCUCGUAUUGCCGUUACCCCCGACGUUCCAACACUCCGGCUAAGCUUGAACUUUCUUUUACCAACAAUAAUUCUGAUUCACAAUCUAUGCCGAGUACGCCACUGGCUCUUCGACCAAGCUCUCACGGAGGACAGGUAAAACAACAAUUUAUAAAUCAACAAAUCUCGACCAGUGAGACCAAUCAUGUCCUCCCUCCAUAUCUACGAAAUGGAGACAAGAACAAAGAUGAUGGGCCAAAACUUCCACUGGCAGAACGGGGCGAGAUCCUUGUUCUGGUUGUCGAAGACAAUGCCAUCAAUCAAACCAUCGCAUUGAAAACUGUCCGAAAUUUAGGAUUUCAAGCAACAGCCGUUUGGAACGGACGCGAAGCAUUGAAUUACUUGAGUAAUCCUGGGUCAUCCAAUCCGAGACCAGAUAUCAUCUUGAUGGAUGUCCAGAUGCCAAUCAUGGAUGGUUAUGAAGCAACGAAAAUUCUAAGGACGAAUAAAGAAUAUGAAAGGUAUCUAGAACAUGAUAUACGGCCGUUAAAACCCGCAAAAGAUGUGGCCACUGCGAGAAACUCAAAUCUGAAUGAAUCAGAAAUGGGGAGUCCGACUGGCAGGAUGCAAACCAAAACGAAAAGUAGACUGAAAGAUCUUCCUGUAAUAGCUAUGACGGCUAGUGCGAUCCAAGGAGAUCAAGAAAAGUGCCUCGAGGCGGGAAUGGAUGGAUACUUGAGUAAACCAGUUGAGAAGGAAAGGUUGGAGGAAACGCUGAUAUACUGGGCACAAAAGACAAUGGAUGUCCGAGAACUUGCAAGUCUGGGGGUCUCGAGUUCUGAUGGCAAACAUAGUAAAAAUGAUUCUGCCGAUUCUGCCGUUGUCAUGAUGGACGAGGAUUCUACUUUGUCACAGGAUGGGGGAUCGAGAGACGGCGAUCUAGAUGGUGGGGAUGGGAGUUCAGAAACAGCUGGUCCACACUGA